CUCUGCACGAAAUGUGUUUCCCACGCCCCCUUACCUUUCGCCACUGCCGUUCGCGUGAACAUCCACUCGGUAUUUGACAUAUACUGUUUCCCGACCAAACGAAAUUACUGCAAUGGCUGCAGAGGCAGGCGUAGUUGCAAAUGCAGCUGAAGGUUCGGGAUCUUGGACCUCGAGCUCUGGCCAGACGAAGCUCUCCAUAUACCCUACACCCAUACCCGAACUCAUUCUACUCGACACCCCGUCAGCAUUAGAGAAGCAGAUCGGAAUGGUGCGGCGGGAGAUCACGGGUUAUUAUACCGGCGUCCACUCCAAAGCGCAAGGUAUCAUAGACCGGUGGAUCUCUGUUGAAGAGAGGGUGGAGACUCGCAUAAAAUCCUUCCGUGAUCCUACAGAGCCCUUAAAUCCCGGACUGCUCUAUACCGGAAUUUCUGCCCUAACGACAUCGGUCCUCACUCGCUCGCGCGGACUCCCUACGCGUAUCUUUCUCCCUCCUACAGCCUUAAUCAGCGCAUUCGCAUAUUUCCUUCCGGGUACCGCUUCUCGGGUCGGUGCGUAUGGCAGGGAGCUCGAAGAUCGGUAUGUUCCUCGCUUUGGAGAAAUUAGAAGAACCUCUAUUGCACACAGCGGCAUAGCCUGGGAGCGCGCGAAAGAAGGUGCUGCUGUUGGACGAGACUCGGUUAAUAAAGGUGUGAAGAGUAUUGUGGAGAGCAUUGAACAAGGGACGGGGCUUAACCUAAAAGCUAUGGGAUGGGCACAGGAAGUGAAGAAGGAGGCGCAGAGUGUUGUUGAUGUGAUUCAAAAGGAUACCAAAGAGGUCAUCGAAAGCAAGAGCCCGAGUAGCGACUCAGAAGACUCCAAGCGAUUGGUAUAGAGUACGAGUGUCCACUUAGAGACUAACGUUCUGUGACCCUGGGA